AUGGAGAAGAGGUUAUACAGUGAUGAAGAAAGUGAACAUGAAGAAGUUACUCCGAUUCCCCCCAAACCUGCCACGAGGAAGAGAAAGGUUGAUGCUACUCUUAAAGAAGCAUCCAACUUGAAGAAGAAGCUUGCUUAUGAAUCGAUUCCGGCCCGCAUUCUUACUCCCUCCUCCGCGACCUCAAGUCCUCAGGCUGACACACCUUCUCCUCGGGCUCCAACACCUUCUGAGAUGAUAGCGAUGCAGGAGAUUGUGGGGGAUGAUGAGAAGGUGAAUGAUGGGAAUGAUGGGAAGAAAGACGAUGUAAUGGAGGACAAUAAGAAGAAGGUGGAGACCGAUGAGAAGGUGGAUGAUGAUGAAAAGAUGGAUGAGGAUAAGGUGGAGAACGAUGAGAAGGUCGAUGAUGAUGAAAAGGUGGAGGAUGAACGAAAAGACAACGAGGAGAAGGUCGAUGAUGAUGAGAAGGUGGAGGAUGAAAGAAAAGACAACGAUGAGAAGGUCGAUGAUGAUGAGAAGGUGAAGGAUGAACGAAAAGACAACGAUGCGAAGGUGGAGGACGUAAAGAUGGAGGUUGAGGCUAAAGUGGAGGACGGUGAGAAGCUGGAUGGUGUGGCUAAGGUGGAUGAUGUGGAGGUUGAUCUGAAACUGAAGGUGAAGGAUUUGAAAGUGAAGUUAUACAAUACUCCUCCUAAAGGAAAUUAUGGGAGGAGAGUGAGGAAGCCGAAAAAAGAUGACUCGUACACCAACCCUUCCUUGUCAAAAAUGCCCAAGACAAAGGAUCCUAUGAAAGUGAAUCACCUUCAAAAAUUUGAAGAUGAGGUGCUGGAUAAAGUAAAGGCGUGGUUGGAUGAUCCAGAAACCGAUAAUUUGACAACAGAUUUACAUACUUGCCAAACAAAGAAGGAAGUGUUGGUUAGAGUUGUAACAAGGUUGACAUGGCUUGAAGACACUGAAAUCGAUGCAUUCUGCCAUCUUUUGCGGAAAAGGAUUUCCUGCUAUCCCAAGACAUAUAAAAAUUCACAUGUGGCAAUUGGGGAUUGCGUAUUGUCGGAUAGAAUCAGGCGACAGCACAGGGCUUUUAUUAAGGAUCCUGCCAAAUAUCCAGUCGCCGAAUUCAAAGACUAUUAUAUGGGCGCACCACAUAGAUAUAUGCCAGAAUGGUCAACAAUUGACGAUGUCUACAUGCCUGUGAACAUUAACCAGAAACACUGGAUUUUGUGUGUAGCACGUCUUCAAAAGUACCGCAUUGACGUGUACGACUGUGAUGCCUAUAUUUAUAAGAAUCUGGAUCCUUAUUAA